AUGUCGGCUAGUGAACCUAAAAUUGGAACUUCCAAUGAGCUGAAAUCAAAUAGUUCUCUUCGUGAGAACUCGUCAAACAAUCGAUAUCAUGCCCCACAUCUAUCUGAAUUUUAUUCUAUUGUAAAUAAUGAAAAUCAGAGACUACCGACAGUGAAUGAAAAUAAUAAUAGUGUGGAUGAACUUGUUUCAAGUAUUAAUGACACGGAUAUUAAUGGUAACAGUAAUAAGAAAGAAAGCGGAUUUAAUCCAUUUACUAAAUUUACUAGUCGAUUCUCUAGCCGACGUCCUUCUAGUGUGACUUCAGGGAUGAGUUCAAUAAGCGAUUUAAGAACAUUAGUAACUAAAAAAGAUAUGGAUAAUACCGCUAUUGAGAUUGAAAAAUUAUAUAAAAAUUCGAAAUCAUAUUCUUCCAAAUUGGUGGAUAUUUCCACAGAAUCCAGCGAACUUGCCUGCUCGUUAGAAGCUAUUUCGAAACUGAAAGGUUGUAGUGAUGUAAGUGCAGAUAAAUUACUGAAAGCCAGUGGGUUGUUCCAUUUACUGGCUAACCAUGAGCAGAUUAUGUCAAGGAUAAUAAACGAUUUAUUGAAUGAAAAUAUUCUUCAGGAGUUAACAAAUUUUAAAGAAGAGAAUAAAAAAUUGACUAAAGAAUUCAAAAAUAAUUUUAUGGAGUUGAGUAGUAGUUUGAAACUACAAGAGAAAAGAAAUGCAGAACUAUCGAAGAAAAAAAUAAGAAAUAUUUUAACAUAUAGACAAAGUCUAAAUAAUCUACAAUUUCAACUCGAUCAAGUUGAGACUUUGAAACAUCACUAUUUUCAAGAUUGUUAUAAACUAGUGGAAGAUACUUGCAAUAAUGUUUUAAAAAAUGUCGCUAGUACAACUAGGGCUCAGGUGGAAAUAUCAGAAAAUAUUGCAAGAAAAGGUUGGUCUGGAGGUGGAUUAGAUAAUUUACUAUCUGAUUCGAAUGAUCCGUUUAAUUACGAAAGUGAUGAAGAAGAUGAGGAGUUUCAACAGAUAAAGAAUAACCAGGAAACUGAUCAACAUAUAAACGGGGAAGAAGAACUUCCAACUCUAAAAGAAAAUAUUGUUUCCAAAAUAGUGACUGCUGAAAAUAAUGGAAAGAUCGCGGUAAGUCCUAAGGUAACAACAUCAGAUGUGAACGAAAAUAAGAUAGUAAAUGAAAAUCCUGAACUUAUGUCAACUCCACAUAAAUUUAUAUGCACAAGUGACAAUGCAAAUUCCAUAACUAACGAAAAUUAUAUCACUUCGCCACUCAAAAAUGAAACUAAAGACUCCGAUACCAAAUCGGAAAGUGACCAAAUGGAUAAUGAAGAACAUGAAGAUGUUGAUUCGAAUUUUGAUAAUUCGUUUUCUUUGCCAAUCAUGCCACCAUCUAGAAAUACAAAUCCAGAUCAUAUCAAAUCGCUAAGUCGACAGGAGCAGAACAAUGGCAUCACUAGCGUAGAAAAGCUACUUCUACCAGGAACGAAUAUUCUAUCAGAUAUGCAUACAGAAUUCGAAAAGCAUGAGCGAAAACCAGAGCUUGAAAAUGAACAAGACUUUGGAAACACCAUGGAAGAGUCUGAAUAUCCCGAUUUUGCAGACCAAUCUACAAUCCAUGACAAUAGCUAA